AUGCCCCCGCGCAAGAGGCCACAGCCCUCUGCGGCUAGUCGAGGGCGACGUCCUUCAGAGGCCGGAAACCAACCCGCCACUGACUCCACAAAAAGCAAGCGCCCGUCCCAGUCCAACCCUGUUCCUCAGCCUCACGAGCAUGCCGUGCCCAGAAAGGUUGAGCCGGCUUCGAAUUUCAAGGCCAGGGAUCCAUUCGAUGCGCUCUUGGAACCAUUUUACUACAAUAAGGGACUUACAGACCCGAUCGAUACGGCCAGGGACAAAUGGAACCUGCUGCCAGCAUUCCUGAAGGUCAAAGGGCUGGUAAAGCAGCACAUUGACUCUUAUAAUUACUUCGUGGAGGUGCAAAUGAAGAAAAUUGUCGAGUCGAGCUCCACGAUCCGAAGCGACGUGGACCACAACUUCUACAUCAAGUUUACCGAUAUCUACGUUGCCUCACCUCGACGAGCCGACGAGCAAGGCGAUGGUGGGCUUGAUUUCGAAUCGACAAUCACGCCGCAAGAGUGCAGACUACGAGACACUACAUACGCCGCGCCCAUUCUUGUUGACUUUGAGUAUGUCCGUGGACGGCAAAGGGUUAUCCGACGAGCAGUCCCCAUCGGAAGAAUUCCGAUGAUGCUACGCAGUUCUAAGUGUGUGCUGUCGAAUAAAACGCCUGCUCAGAUGAGCGUCCUCAAUGAAUGUCCACUUGACCCCGGUGGUUACUUUGUGGUCAAUGGAACAGAAAAGGUCAUUCUUGUACAAGAACAAUUGAGCAAGAACAGAAUUAUCGUCGAAACCGACCCAAAGAAAGAUAUCGUCCAGGCCUCAGUUACCAGUUCCUCCAACGAGCGUAAAUCCAAGAGUUACAUUGUCUCCAAAAAAGGCAGACUCUACGUCAAGCACAACGUGCUCAAUGAAGACAUCCCGAUCGUCAUUUUGCUCAAGGCCAUGGGCAUCCACACCGACAAGGAAAUGAUGCAAAUGGUUACUGGAGACGAUGCUCUGUAUCAAGAUGAUUUUGCUAUAAAUUUCGAAGAGGCCAUCAACGUCGAUGUUUACACUCAACAACAAGCCCUUGAUUGGAUCGGCUGUCGUAUCAAGAUCAACCGAAAACAAGCCGCUUAUCGCAAGACUCACGUGCAAGAGGCAGUUGAAGCCAUUGCAUCUGUCAUCAUUUCUCACAUUGAGGUCAAAGACAUGAACUUCCGGCCCAAGGCUAUCUACGUUGCUCACAUGGCUCGUCGCGUUUUGAUGGCAAAGAGUGACCCGGCCCUGGUGGAUGACCGUGAUUACCUUGGAAACAAACGGCUGGAGCUGGCGGGUCAGAUGCUGGCCCUUCUUUUUGAAGAUCUGUUCAAGAAAUUCUGUUUCGAUAUCAAGAUGAACAUCGACAAAGUCCUAAACAAACGCAAUCGGGCCGAGCAGUUCGAUGCUUGGACUAUCGUGACUAUGCAUGGAAAUCAUAUCACCCAGGGUAUGAACCGAGCCAUCUCGACAGGAAACUGGAGCUUGAAGCGUUUCCGCAUGGAGCGUGCUGGUGUCACUCACGUUCUCAGCCGAUUGAGUUAUAUUGCAGCUCUCGGUAUGAUGACUCGUAUUAGCAGUCAGUUCGAAAAGACCCGUAAAGUCAGUGGUCCUCGUGCCUUGCAACCCUCCCAGUUCGGCAUGCUGUGCCCUGCGGAUACACCCGAAGGUGAGGCAUGUGGUUUGGUCAAGAACUUGGCCCUCAUGACGCAUAUCACGACCAACGACGAAGAGGGACCGGUGCGGAACUUGAUAUUCAUGCUCGGCGUCGAAGACAUAUCGAGUGUCGGUGGGCAACAGCUCUAUGCUCGGGGUGCUUACACAAUUUCUAUCAACGGUACACCGACUGGUUUGACCAGACGUCCCAAGUCCUUCCUCAAUGCCUCCGAAGACUGCGCCGCAUGGGCCGGGUUUCCGAAUUUACCUCUUAUCGUCGUGGAAAAUGGCAAACCUCUUGUCGGUGUUCAGCAUCUCGAGAAGCUGCGUGACGGAAAAAUGGAGUUCGACGACUUCCUUGCUCAAGGGCUCGUUGAAUACCUCGACGUCAACGAGGAGAACGACUCCUACAUCGCCAUUUACGAGAAGGAUAUCACGAAUACGCACACUCAUCUUGAGAUUGAACCGUUCACAGUGCUUGGAGCUGUUGCUGGCUUGAUUCCCUAUCCUCACCACAACCAGUCCCCGCGUAACACCUACCAAUGUGCCAUGGGUAAGCAAGCCAUUGGCGCCAUUGCUUCCAAUCAGUUCCAGCGAAUUGAUUCCAUCCUUUACCUCAUGGUCUACCCACAAAAGCCAAUGGUUAAAUCACGAACCAUUGAGCUGACGAAAUACGACCAACUGCCUGCGGGUCAGAACGCGACUGUUGCCGUGAUGAGUUACUCCGGCUACGAUAUUGAGGAUGCUCUGGUCCUGAACAAGGGAUCCGUGGACCGUGGCUUUGGACGUUGCCAGGUUUUCCGCAAGUACGUCACGACACUGAAGAGUUACCCCAACGGAGCGAAGGAUUCCCUUAGAGCACCGACGUUCGAGAAUGGCGCUCCAAUCCGCAAGCACGCGCUUCUCGAGUCUGAUGGCCUUGCUGCAGUUGGCGAAAUGGUCAACAACGGCGAAACCUACAUCAACAAGGUCACACCCAGGGUACAGAAUUCCUUGGGAUUCAGCGGCCCCGACAUUGGUGGUGGAGAUGUUCUUGAGGCACCCAUGAAUUACAAGCUGCCGGAUCCUUCCUACAUAGACAAGGUCCUGGUAUCUGCCACUGAAGGCGAGACGCAACUCAUUAAGGUCCUGACCCGGCAAACCCGUCGCCCCGAGGUCGGCGAUAAGUUCUCUUCCCGUCACGGACAGAAGGGUGUUGUUGGAAUUAUUGCAGACCAGGCGGAUAUGCCCUUCUCCGACCAAGGCAUCAACCCUGACAUUAUCAUGAACCCCCACGGUUUCCCCUCUCGAAUGACAGUCGGAAAGAUGCUGGAGCUGGUAGCUGGUAAAGCAGGUGUUCUGUCAGGCCAACACGGCUACGGUACCUGUUUCGGCGGCAGCCCUGUCCAAGAGAUGUCCCAGAUCCUGAUCGACAAAGGUUUCAGCUAUGGAGGCAAGGACUAUCUCACUUCCGGUAUCACCGGUGAACCUCUGCCUUUCUAUGUCUUCACCGGUCCCAUCUACUACCAGAAACUGAAGCACAUGGUUCAAGAUAAGAUGCACUCCCGUGCCAAGGGUCCCACUGCUACUCUCACCCGCCAGCCUACCGAGGGUCGUUCGCGUAAUGGAGGUCUACGUCUCGGUGAGAUGGAACGCGAUUGUUUGAUUGCCUACGGUACUAGUCAGCUGCUGCUGGAGCGUCUGAUGAUUUCGUCUGAUCGCCACGAGGUGGAUAUCUGUGAAAAGUGUGGUUUCAUGGGCUACUUGAACUGGUGUCCUGGGUGCAAGUCGUCUCGUUCCGUUGUGAAGAUGGUUAUCCCCUAUGCCGCCAAACUUCUCAUUCAAGAACUGAUGAGUAUGAACGUUACGGCUCGUCUGAAGCUUGAUGAUGAGUUCCCUGAGACGAUGGGACGUUAA